AUGUUUCAUACGCUUCAUUGCUUGAACCAACUUCGGCAAGCCCUUAUGCCGGAGCAUUAUGAGGCCCAUGGGCACAAAGCCAGAGCAGACAAUGCUGCGCUGCACCAAAAUCACUGCAUCGAACAGAUGCGGCAGUAUAUCAUGUGUUCGGGGGACAUGACACCUAUACCUACAAAAUACUACUCUGGCCUCGGAAGGAAUUAUGUGGACUCUGAUGUACCACAUACUUGCCGCAACUUUGCAGCUUUGCAUGAUUGGGUCGUUGCUCGAUACGAUGGUGCGGAAGCAAUACAGCCCAUUUUCGAGGCUUAG